GGCCUCGCCAUGCCACCGUGGGGCGCCGCCCUUGCCCUACUUCUGGCUGCGCUCGCCCUGCUCUGCCUGCUAGUCCUGAGGCUGCGGCGGCCCGGCAGGCGCGCCGUCGGAGCGAGGACCCUACCGGGGGCGCGGAGAGAAGAUCACGGGGAGGAGGUGGACGGCGGAGGCCCCGCGGGUCAGUUCAGCGACGGGCGGGAGCCGCUGCCCGGAGGCUGCAGCCUCAUCUGUAAGCCGUCGGCGCUGGCCCAGUGCCUUCUGCGCGCUCUGCGACGCUCGGCCGCGCUGGAGCCGGGCCCGCGCCCCUGGCUGUCUGGGCCCCACCUGCAGACCCUCUGCCACUUCGUGCUGCCGGUGGGGCCGGGGUCCGAGCUGGCCCGGGAGUACCUGCAGUUGGCAGAUGACGGGCUGGUGGCCCUGGACUGGGUUGUGGGACCUGGCGCCCGGGGCCGCCGGGCCACCAACGCCGGGGGCCUCCCGGCGGUACUGCUGGUGAUCCCCAAUGCCUGGGGGCGCCUCACCCGCAACGUGCUCGGCCUCUGCCUGCUGGCCCUGGAGCGCGGCUACUACCCGGUGAUCUUCCACCGGCGCGGCCACCACGGCUGCCCACUGGUCAGCCCCCGGCUGCAGCCCUUUGGGGACCCAUCCGACCUCAAAGAGGCCAUCACUUACAUCCGCUUCCGACACCCCGCGGCCCCGCUGUUCGCGGUGAGCGAGGGCUCGGGCUCGGCGCUGCUGCUGUCCUACCUGGGCGAGUGUGGCUCCUCCAGCUACGUGACCGGAGCCGCCUGCAUCUCACCCGUGCUACGCUGCCGCGAGUGGUUUGAGACCGGCCUGCCCUGGCCCUAUGAGCGGGGCUUUCUGCUUCACCAGAAGAUCGCCCUCAGCAGGUACGCCACGGCCCUGGAGGACACGGUGGAUACCGGCAAACUGUUCAGGAGCCGCUCCCUGCGGGAGUUUGAGGAGACCCUCUUCUGCCACACCAAGAGCUUCCCCAUCAGCUGGGACACCUACUGGGACCACAACGACCCCCUCCGGGAUGUGGAUGAGGCGGCGGUGCCUGUGCUGUGCAUCUGCAGUGCCGACGACCCCGUAUGCGGGCCCCCAAACCACUUUCUGCCAACUGAACUCUUUCACAGCAACCCCUACUUCUUCCUUCUGCUCAGCCGCCACGGGGGCCACUGCGGCUUCCUGCGCCAGGAGCCCUUGCCAGCCUGGAGCCAUGAGGUCACCUUGGAGUACUUCCGGGCCUUGACUGACUUCUUCCGGACGGAAGAGAGGAUGAAAGGGCUGAGCAGGCGCCGAGCUUCCUUCCUUGCGGGCCGGCGUCGUUGGGGAACCCUGCCGAAGCGGGAGGUCUCCCCCUCUUCCAGUCUGGAGGAGAUCUUUAGCUGGAAGAGAUCCUAUACGCGGUGAGACCUGACCUGAGAAGCCCCUAGCCCCACAAGGAAGAACAGAACUGCGCAUGGCUGAGUCCUUACCAGGCAAUGAGGACGGAACGCGGCCAGGCCGCUGCAGCCCUUUGCCCCUGGUCCAGCCCCUCUAUUAAACUGGUCUGUGGAAAGAGAUGGAACCCCCCCGGAAGCUGGCGUUCACUGGCCCCUGGGGAGAACUCCUGCCCAGACCCUGCUCUGCACAUGCCAACUCAUCCUGGCUCAGCAGCGGGGCAUUGCCCGUCACUGUCCAGUCAUUGACUUCAUAAGCCAAGGAAUAGCACCAUUUAAGUUCCUGGACUUUAGAGAAAAUGCUAGUCCACUAGCGAUGACACAGAGAAGAUGAGUUUUUGUGAGCCAUUGGUAGGUCUGUGCCCCACAGCUUCUCAAGCUGGAGCCACUUGAGGUAGUGGGGACAGACAGGAUGUUUGUGUCUUGGUCCCACUUCCCUCGUUUUUUUUUUCUGCGGCUGUGGCGCUCCUCUGACUUCACACGGUGACAGCUGUGGAAGCGGCUCAUAGAGCCGUGUGGCUGUGUCAGUGAAAAAGGCCCGAGGCGGUCAGUGCUGUGCAGAGACUGGGUUGGGGAGGGCGACAAGGCGGAGAACGUGAACACCUGCGUCUGGAACACUAAGGUCCAGUGUUUGGAUGAGUUCUGCAAGUCUUGAUUGGGCGAGGGGGGCUGAUCUGGGGCUUCAGCCUAGGACCUCCAGACUCACUGGAGAGAUUCCAGGAGUGAUUAAGAAUAGGAAAUCCUUGCAGGGUGUGCUUGACCAUGGCUCAAGGAGCCAGGCUUUCAGACAUUCUAGGUGCCCUUUCCAGUUCCAUUUUGGGGGAUUACUCCAGAGCUCCAGCGAGAGGUGUUUUUCUCUAGAGAUGUGAGCUUUCUCUAAGUGGUAAAAGUACAAACCUCAUAUCUUAGGUGGUUUUUUUUUGGUUAGUUGCCCUCUUUUCUGACACUGCUGCUAGCCUUUCCCUCUUCAGAGAGACAUCUGGUACUAGAGAAAACAGUAGUUCCAAGAGAUUGACUGGAGCUGACUCAGUGAUUUAUGAAUAUUUCACAUUAUCAUGCCUUUUCUGCUCAAUUAUUCAAAAGGCUAUCCAUCCAUGUAGAUGAAGAAAAAGCUUCCCCCUGGAUCUGGCCACUUACUGACUGAUAACCUCGGUGUUUUGAGGACUAACACUGAAGAUUAGAGUAAAAUAAGGUAUUGUAUGGAUUGACCCACACAAUUGGUUUGGGUUAGGCCAUUAAGCAAUACAGUAGGACAUCCAGUCUGUCCCCUCCCCCCAAAAAAGAAAGCUUUGCCCGGAAGUUUUAAUUGGUUAUCAAGAAAAGAAAGCACCUGUUUCAACAAGCGGCUCCAUCCUGGCCUCACCAACAGGAAAGCAGUUUUAAGGAGGAGAGACGUUUACCAUGUCCUAAGGCUUGGUAUGAGGAAUUCCUAGGGCCAUGAUGUUAGAUUUGGAUAAUCUUCGCCCAUUCUUGUUCUUCUAGAUCAAAUAAGAAGAAACUCUAUAAACUAAUCUAAGAAUCUGAACCGGAAGGCAGACAACACUCAAUUGUCUAAGGCACAUUAUCCUGUCAUGAAAAGAUUCUCCCCCUCCUUCCCCACUGCUGGUUCCUCUUCCUCCACGUUCUUCAGCUAACAUUCUCUCACUGUUUCUGAGCAGGAGAAAUAAUACCAGGCUCCUCCGCCCAUGGGAUUUUCCAGGCAAGAGUGCUGGAGUGGGGUGCCAUUGCCUUCUCCAAUAAUAAGGAAGGGAACCCCAAAGAAGCCAUUGUACUUCUGGCUAACUGCCUUGGUGUAAGGCUUGGUGAAGAGCUACUGACAUCUGGCCACCCUCUCCACCAGCAUCUGGUACAGUGGAGAUUUCCGUUUAUUAGCUCUGGCACUCCCAUAUUCAGGACCCUAUGAUAGUUCAGAACUCACUGUAAACCAAACAGUGGUUUUUUAAACACCGCCCCCCCCCCCCACACUGCACCCCCAGGAUUAAAUGGCCCUUAAGGGCUAAAAUCUGGAUUGUUUCUCUAGGCCAGAUACCUUGAGACUCUAGUCCUUUAAGAUAAUAGCUUUUGGAGAAAUCAUGGUUCAUCUUUUACGGGAAAGCAAGCUUGUGGGGUGGGGGUAGAGGAAGAUAUAUAUAUAUAUAUCCUUUAUGUGAUAGAAGUAUGACCCUCACAUCUGAGGUGUUUUUUUGGUUAGUUCCCUCUUUUCUGACACUAUUACUAGCCUUUCCCUCUCCAGAGCCAAGCUUUCAGAACAGCCCAAUCCAGUUCCACUGAUUGCCUUGGAUCCACAGCUCUAAUGACCUAAACCCCAAUUCUCCUCCAUGCUCCUUGUGCCAGAUGUACUCAUAGCCGUUCUCAAAAAGCUACUUCUGUCCCGUCUUCUCAUCACCAUUUGGUGACAUCACUGCUUUUCAGCCCAUUUUUGGCAAGAAAGUGUACUUCCUGUUCAAGCAGGUUUGGGUGACUUUGCCUUUCAUCUAAUGAUAAAGGACUCACCCAAACUGGCUCCACUUUGGUUGUGAGCUAAUUAUAUGAAACCAGAUGGAAGAACCCCAGACACACAUUCUGAGAGAGUGCCCGGCCCUUGGACAAACUGACAAGUUACAAACUUGGGGAGGCAAGAAAACAAUGACACAAACAAAACCCAAGGAAGUACCAUGAGUUGGGAGUGUUCAGGUAGCAUGUCUGGCACUCCACUCAGGUCUCAUUCACUUGCUCACCUCCCCUUUUGGUCUCUUCAUUAUUUAUAAUCACCUUCAAAUGGUAAAGGGGGAAAAAACACAACCCAAAGACAAUAAAGGAGACAUUAUCUCCGAAGUAGAAACUGAGUUAUGUCUCCAUCCACUGGAUCAGAAUGUAGGAAGCCCACAACUGCUUCUCAAAGUUUCUUUGAGUUCUGCUAAGUUCUGACCUUUGAUAUCAAAAACUGUGCUUAAGCUGUAACUUAAUUCUCUUAAAGAUUUAGUAUUUUAUGUAUUUAUACAUGGGUUUCCAAGGUGGAUUGGCCAGAGAUGACAAUGUAAAAAAAACAUAGCACCAAAUCCUCAUUUUGAGAAGACAUUCUCUGUUUUGAGUGAAGAUAUCCUUGCUAAGACUUGAGUGCUGUUAUAAAAGAGGUCUUGACACAGGAAGUGUCAUUUCAGCUUUAUAUACAACCUCAAAACCACACCAGAGCCAGAGAGUCUUCUGUACUCAUCUUCCACCCAGACCACAGGACCCUCUGUCAGUCAGAUACGCUUAGUAAUGCCAAGGUUUCUUCCUUUAGAAAUGAACUUUAAAGUUUCUCCAUGCUUAAAUAAACAGAUACACUUGGCCACUUUGGCGGAACUUGCCAAUGAUACCAGUGAUUCAGUGAUAUCAAUGAUUCUACAUCCAAGCCACAUAGGAUGGCAUCAGAAACUGUUUUCACUAUUUAUCACAUUUUACAGAGUUAAGAUUGAGAAGUUAUACCCAGGGAGUGUCCGAGUGCCCAGAGGUGGAAUGAAUGCCUUAGGAAGCAGGAAGUCCCACAACUCUGGUAGAAUAUGCAACCUAGACAGCCACUUGGCACACAUCGUGGAGGGGACCUAUGCUGAGAAAGUGGAAUUUCAUUAAAACAAACAAUAAAAGAUGUUAACACUUUAAAAACAAGUAUCUCUAGCUCCUCCAGCCUUCCUAUAUAAUAAUAUCCUGUUCUAGUGUCUAUCACUAGUGUGAUUAAACAAAAAAUUCUCUCCAACUUGUUUGCCUCUGAAUAAUAAAUUGCAGUCUCCCUGCAA